AUGGCAGAUGGAGGAAAUGAAUUGGCGUGGGACUACACAGAGGAAGAAAGUGAUCUUCUUGGUGGUAUUCGGACGGGCAAUUCAAUAUUUUAUAGUGUAAACAAUGAAGAUAUGGGUUACAAAUUAUCUCCUCAACAAGUACAGUAUCUUAUUCGCAAUCUCGAGGACAGCACUGACCUUCUCAAGACCUAUCUAGCUGAGGUCCAAGUUGCCAAUCGACGACAGUCUACUAGUGAGGGGAGAUCUCAACUAUGUAGAAGAUGCAGGUCCUGUUGCACAUGGACCGUUCCUGUCAAACUUUUGGACAACCUCUUCAUCAUAACAGUCAUUCUUCAGGCAUUGAACUUAACAGUGUUGACAGUGAUAGACCUGUGGCCAACAAAGGAGGAAGAUGCAGCGAUAUCUCACAGUUUCUAUGCUAGUGUGAUUGUGAUGAUUACUCUCCAGUGCAUUAAUCUAGUUAUACUCAUAGCUACUUCAGGAAAGUUAACCGAACAGAUAUUCUCGAAUGAGGUAAACAAUUGGCUGCUUGCGCAGUCUUACCUUGCUGCCUUGUUAUUAUUUGCUGGCAUAUAUACUGCAACUUAUAGGCUACAGAAAAGCAGUUGGAAGUUCAUCAGUGAGGAUCUGUAUGUUGAUCCUGUAUUAGUUAUAGAACUCUACCUGAAGAUGUUCUACCUGUCAGUCUCUACUGCAACUUUGUGUGGUUCGUGCAAUAUAACCCCUAAAGAAUGGUACAACUAUAUUUUCGUCUCUCUACAGAUGCUACUUAGUUUUGUGUUUUUUGCGUCGAUUUUGUCUCAAACAAUUGGCUCACAGAGGUCAGCACCCAGAAAUUUUGAAAUACGACGAAGGGGGUCAGGUCAAAGUCAGACAAGUUAUGCUAGUAAUGUUGUUGGAACAUAUGGAACUAUGGCUACAACCCAGAAUGAGAGAAAACAACAGCGUCCUCGUUCCACAAAAAUUCUAUUUUUACCCAAUUUAAUCUCCGGAAAAGUAGUCAGUAAAGAGCAAACAAUGUUGGGGAACAGUAAUUUCAGGACUGGCAACAGGAAUACAUUCACAUUCAACAACUUUGAUACAUGUGUACUGCCAGAUAAUGGAAACAAGAAGUUUACAGUAUCUGUCGAAGGUAACAUUGGAAGUGGAAAGAGUACAUUCCUUAAUCAUUUUCAGGAUUCUAAAAAUGUUGAGGUAAUCCUUGAGCCCAUACAUAUGUGGAAAAGUGUGAGAGGCCACAAUACUCUAGAAUUAAUGUACAAGGAUGCCCAUAGGUGGAGCCUUACAUUCCAGUCAUAUGUACAGCUUACCAUGCUACAAGUACACUGUAAAAAACAUACGAAGCCAGUAAAGCUUAUUGAGCGUUCUAUCUACAGUUCCAAGUACUGUUUUGUUGAGAACCUGUACAAGAGUGGAAACAUGCCCCCUGUAGAUUAUGCAGUGUUGUCAGAGUGGUUUGACUGGUGUAAAUCUACACAAAACUUAGAUUUAGAUCUCAUAGUAUACCUCCAAGCAAGUCCUGAAACCUGUAUGGAGAGAAUCAAGUUAAGAAACAGAUCUGAGGAGUGCAAUGUGCCAUUGGAAUAUCUUGAGAGUCUCCAUGAACUUCAUGAAGAUUGGUUGGUAGGAUCAGGAGAGUUCAAGCCCCCCUGCCCUGUAUUGGUAUUAGAUGCAGACCAAGAUCUCUCAAUCCUCCAGAACACAUUUGAAGAACGUCGAUCUGAGAUUCUUUGUGGAUGUGUUUGAUAAUAAAUCAACAAUGCAAUCAGACUAAGCUCAAAAUCACAACAGAGCACAAUUAAUGGACCAUCUCAAAGCUUGGAUGGCAAAAAAAGCUUAUUUAUUGAGUCUGAGUAAUCCUUGUAAAUAGACUUAAUUAUAAACUAUGCAACAGUCUCAUUUGUACAAGUGAGCACAGUCAAUGGACCAUGGCAUCUCUUAGUCUCUUACCAUGAAUGGUUCCAUAGUUAGUCAUGGAAUAUCAGUGAAUUGUGUACUAGCUGUGCUGGUAGCACAGACUUUUACGCUUGGAACAAUCGACUAAUUGCAUAUCUCAGAGUAUGAGUUGAUAAUUUUAACAGCAUACACAUGCACUUCUUUGCCCUCAUACACUCGAUUUUUAGUCAUAUUCAGUUGUUGAUUUUCCUCGAGUACAUAGAAUUGAUAGAACCCCAAUGAUUUUAGUGUAUUCGUUUUUAAAGCAUAAACAGCUGAUUUGCUGUAUGUCUAGGACAAGUUGCUUUAGUUUUGUUGACUAUAAAGGCAUACUAUUGAAGGAAAAUAGUCAUCAAAAAAAGUCAUGAACUUGCAUAGUUUUCUUAUGCUAAGAUCUCAUUAUGUAGUAUGUACAUAGAAUUUCAAUAUCAAAAAUUAUGUGUGUAUGUUAUGGCUGUACCUGCAUAUUUUAUACAAAUUGUUUUAAAUUGUGAAUUAUUUUAAUGUGUACUAUUGCAUUUUAUUCUAUAUUAUCUACAUUUACGUUAGUUGUAAUUUUAGUACAUGGAGCAUGCUAUAAAUAUGCAGUAUGACACUGAUUUAACGGUUUAAAAGUUGUCUAAAAGUGAUUGUUUUGUGAAAUUAAUUGUUUUUUGACUUCCGAAUAUAAAAAAAUGAUUGAUGUUAAUAUUUUUUCAAACAAAAUUGGUAAUAUUGAAAAUGGAUUCUUUGGAAACAAACUUAUAUGAAAUGCCUGUUGUUGUUGAAUUGUAAAUACAUCAUUGAUGCAGUCAUUCAUUGUAUUAAAUCCAUUGAUUUCAUUGUAUUAAAUUCAUUGAUCAAUGUAAAUACAUACAUAUUGCGUUCUUCCUGUCUCACAUCAGUGCAAUCGUUUAUAGUAAGGUGUUUCCAAAGUUAUUCCCUUUAUGUCUUGAUGCAUCUGAGUUUCAAUAUUUUUUAAAGGGGAAAACAGUUUUUCGUGUGGUGAUGGAAUUCACCAUGUUUUUAAGUACCCGAUCAUUACAUGUCUAUUUACGGGUUAAACUGCAUAAAAAUAUAUAGUAUUAAAAUAUU